AUGGUCUUGGAUUCCUUUAAGGAUCCUUCCACGAUUUUGGUUGGCGAUUUCAACGCUCGCCAUAGAAAUUUUGGAGAUAGUAUUACAUCGCCUAGCGGUCAAAAGUUCAUGAAUUGGCUAAUUGACUCUAAUAUGAUGACUCUAAAUAAUAAGAAACCUACUCAUAUUUGUCGUGGCCAAGAAGGAGGAAUCCUCGACCUUUGUAUGGCAAAUGUCAAUAUCGCGUACAAGUUGUCGUUCCAGAGACUUGAUGAUACGGGUCAAAGUGAUCAUUUCCCUGUGUAUCUUAAUUUUAAUCAUAGUUUUAAGAAGAGACCUGGAAAAAUUAAAAGCUAUACAAAUUGGCGAGAUGUCAAGUGGUGGGCUGACUCAGAAAAAAUUUUUCCUUCAAAUAUUUAUGGCUUCAGAAAAGGCAUUUGCGUAACUGACUGUCUUAGAGACAUUUAUGAUUCUGUCUGGUCAGCCAGAAACAAAACUCUGGAAAAUUACUUAAUUUGCUUAGAUAUCAAAGGAGCUUACGAUAACGUGCAACAUGAGAUUUUGAUUGAAAGGCUAGAAAAGAUGGGCAUGAACACUACCCUGGUGCGUUGGAUCUACAAUUUUAUUACUAAUCGUACUAUUUCUGUAAAGUGGAGAUCUAUCCUAUCAACAGAUAAGCUCAUGUCCAAGGGCCUUCCACAAGGAGCCAUUUUAUCGCCUUUCCUCUACAAUUGUUUUAUGUUGGAUCUUUGUAAACUGAAUGAUAGGAGCACCAAGCUUUUCAUUUACGCUGAUGAUAUCUACGUGCAUGUUACUGUUAGGAAGGACAACCGGUAUUCCUGCUUACAAGACACUCUCAAAAAGAUCAUUAGCUGGUCUGCUGAAAAUAAGCAUAAAAUACUUGGCGUUAUUUUCGAACACAACCUCAGUUGGCGUGCACACGAAGCUUAUCUAGUUAAAAGAUUAAAUAACACUUUAAACUUGAUCAAAAUCCUCUCCCACCCAACUCAAGGAAUGAGAACAAAAAACUUACUAAAGAUCAUCCAGCAAAUCAUGAUUCCCCAACUCAUAUACGGAUGUGAAAUCAGAUGGGGAGAAUAUAUCUCCUCCCAAAAUAAGUACGAUAUUUACAUCAAUAAAGCGAUUAGAAAAGCCUUAGGGGUAAGUCAUUUGGCUCCCAACGACGGAGCCGAUUAUUUUUUCCCCGCCACUAGAGGCGGAAGGUUUAAGAAAGAAAGAAAGGAUUUAAGAGCUGAUCUUGACAGCUAUGAAUCUAAAUGGAUUUUAGAUAAGAACGUUGUCCGUCAAAAGAAACGGAUUCCGCCUUGGAUAAACUUUAGGAAAUUGUGUAACAUCGAUUUAAAGAAUCUCCACGAUUUUGUCACUGAUUACGCUCCUUUUAUUAAAAAUUUGACUGCAGAUGUUAAAGCAGAAAACGUAUGGGGCUCAGACGGUUCCAAAAAUUUGGACGGAACUGGUUUUGGAAUAACCAAUCUAAAAAAUACCGUUAACAGAGCCAUCAAGAUUGUAAGAAAUGCUUCUAUAUACACCGCGGAAGUUUCAGCAAUUUGGUACAUUUUGAAAUAUCUAGCUAACCUUUCCGAAGCGACGAUAAUUUUCACUGACAGUCUUGCGGCAGUGGAAGCUAUUGCCUCCUUCGAAGAUUCAAAUAACAACAUAAUUGAGAAUAUUCGAUAUGAAAUUUACAAAAACAUGCCAAAUAGUAAGAUAAUAAUUUGUUGGAUACCCGGUCACAAAGGCAUUGAGAUCAACGAAAGGGCAGAUUUUUUGGCUAAACAGGCGGUAAAUUCACGCAAUACUCCAAUCCUCCCAAUAUAUACAUGGCAGGAUAUCAAAAAAGAAAUUAGGGAAGACAGGGAGAGGGAAAUUGAGACCACCUGGCAGAACACGAAGUAUUAUUGUUAUUUUAAAAAUGUUUUAAAUGCCAAACAAUUGAAUAUUAAUUGGCCCGACUCAAGGAAAAUGGAAUGUAAAAUCAACAAAAUCCUCACUCGAAGUAUCCUUACGAACUACCCUAAAUUCAAGUUAAAACUUUCAAGUACUCCUUUAUGCAUAAAUUGCAAAGUACGAGAUGAUUUUGAGCACAGACUGAAUGAGUGUAAAAAAUACAUUCAUCAAAGGAACUAUAUCGCCAAAUUCUGCGAUAAAGAAAACAUUCAAUACAUCAAGACACAAUAA